CGUUACACUGCAUCGAACGCCCCCUUGGACAAGAAGGGCUAGGAGACCAAGGACAAGGGCAGAAGAAGACAAGGGCGGUGCUAGUGCUUUGCCGCUAGCUUCCGGCAUGUGAAAGAGACCAAACAAAGUCUCGAUCCGACGGCGACUGCACCCCUACUUUGUACGGAGUGCUGCGUACUCUUUUCGCUUUCUCUCCGGUGUGGUUCAGACCCCCCUCCGUGCUGCCACACCCCAGAGAGCCACCAACCUCUAGGUUUGAAGGCUCGCUCCCGGCUCCCCUUCGUCUCAUCCCAAUUCUCUCGAGCAUACCUCUCCCGUCCGCCAUGUCUCUGAAGUUUGGACUUUAGGUGUGCACAAAAUCUUCCUACACAAUACCUGACAUUCCGUUGCCGCAUCAUACAAAACCGCCAGGUUUCCAUCCACACAACUUUGCUUAGUUUUUUCCCUUCCUUUUCUGUUUCCAAGUGUUGAAGGAGCGGGAAUCGUCGACAGUGGGCUGGGUAUUACAACGUUAUCGAACGAUCGGACCGCCGACCGAACGACAGUGACCGGAUCAUACGAUUCAGUCACCGGGACUUACUGGUCACACCCGGAACCACCCUCUUGCUUCACCGAGAGAUAAACCACGCACCGGCCAAUUUUGAGGGAGCUGAGGAGAUGUUGUGAACGAGGGGCUUAUCGAGAUAUCGAUCAUCACGACCCCAAAUCAAACGGCUUUUACGUCUACCAAUCGCAGCCAUGGCUCUCAUCAACCCCGUAUACGCCAUCAUUGUCCCCUUCCUUUUUCUCUUCACCAUCCCGCUAGCGAUAUUUGCCGGGAUUACGACAACACUUGCCUUCACUGUGCUCAUAUUCCGAGUCAUUCUCGUCUACUUUGAUCUCGCGAUAUCUCUGCUCCCGUCGUACAUCACCGGUCGUCCUAGGUAUCUUUCUUAUGCCUCCAAGGCACCGGGGUCCGGUAGUCCGUCACCGUCGCUAACGCCCACACGGCGUUCCGCCUCGCGUCGCGCAAGACGACCGUCUUCUGCCUCCGCCGUCUCCGUCGGCACAAUAACACCCAUCUCGGAAUCAGGGGGCAUCGGCUUAUUCCCCUCUGUCGGUAUCGAUCGGGAUUAUGAAGGUCUUGGUGGUUGGCGCCUAGGAAACGGGAACGACGAUGAGUUGUGGAUGACCAUCAACUCACGUCUCGAAUUGCCCGAUCGCCAGUAUCAACGACAUCACCACAGAAGCCCUAGCGGUGGACCUACCACCCCAGGUGGCGGUGAUGGCUACCUCAUGAUGAAGGGAGGUCGCAACCGGAGCCCGGAAAGCAAUCGAGGCGGGUACACUGCUAUUGUGUCGCCCAACAGCUCAAGAGCACGGACACCGACCAACACGCACAUUGCCUUUACAGCACUUGACGGUGUCGAUGGCGACUACUUUCCAUCACUAUCAACCAAGUCAGUAAGAAAGGUUGCCGUGGCGUGAGAGGAACGUUUGUGGUGUGCUGGUCUGCUGGUGGAUGACGAAAAGUUAUCAUUAAUGGAUGCGGAAAGAGAAAAUCAUGGUUCCUAUCUCGACUCCCUCGCCACGAAGUUGACGAGAAAGGUACGCCUUCGAGAGUGGGUGGUGUAAGAGAGUUGUGUGAAUCAUUUUCUUUUGUCUACAACCGGGAUACAAGGCAUGAAUCAAGUCCCUGGGUCGGGCAAUGGGAGGAAGGUCAGGUAGAAUCGGGAUAUCCUCUAUGAAGGACAGUCUCAGACAAGGAAUGGGAAUAUUGGCCCGGCGAGGCUAUCUACGGACAGGAUUAAGGACUGGAACUGGGAGUCAGUAGGCGUUUGGCUGUAACACAUCUCAACAACAGUCCAGACGGACGAUCAUUGAAUCAACAAUGAAGAAAUCAUCAAUUUGAACGCGGCCAUUCGCCGUCGCAAGAACCGAAUUCCAUGUUCAAUCCCAUAUGAGCGACGGG